AUGAAGAGAUCCGGAUCUGUUUUCAAGCUGAACCCGAAUGACGAAUUCGAGGAGGUGACACCGGGACCAGGGCUCAAAGAUUCUCUGACCAUGCACGAACAAUACCCCUCUGUGGCGGAGAUUUCGGGUGUCAAUCCAGACAUCAUGACUUCUCGACCAACACCGACAAUGUCACCCCCCUUGCUUCCUGUUACAGGCUCUAGCAAAGAGAGCGCUUCGAAGACUGCUACCACUUCCCGACCCUCGCACACCCCCUCGGGUCAGGACCGAGAUACUUCGGUCACUAGUGAUACUUCUCCGCCCCAAGAUUUAAACUCUGACCACAACGAGGAAGCGCCCGAAACCACUACCUCCUGCGUGGCAGAGGAAGUUUCUAGUCGAGACUCAAAGGCUCCCAUGAGACCUGAGGAGCGAGGGACAGCUCCGCAUUUGCCUCGUGCUAGCAUGGUAAUCUCCACUGAAAGAUCUCCUCUGAGACCAUCGUCCAUCCAAGCUCGUCUCGACCAAUUCAAGAGGAAAGAGGUUGCACUCGCUCAAAAACUGCAAGAGGCGAAGCAGCAAAUGCAGAAAAGUUGCGACCGUGCCGAUCAACUCUACACUGCUGAAAAAGUGGAAGUUGCUCUUCACAAUAAACAGCGAAUCGCAGUCGAGGUUGCACGCAAGAAAUCGAAGGAAGCUCGUUCAUUCCUGGAUGAACAAAAGGAGAUUCUCGCACAGACUCACAACCAGAUCAAACAUAUUCGUAAGAAGAUCACUGAUGUGGAGGGCUCCGUAGUGUCCUAUAAGACGCAUCUAUCCGACGUGGAGAAAGAGAUACGCAGUCUAGACCAGGCACAACAACUGGCGACACGCCAGGCAGACAUAUUGGAACUGAAGACGCCUGAGGUCGACGCAUUGGUGAGGGCGGCACGAUCUGACACGACCUUUCUCGGCCAUCUUCGCAGAGUUGAGGAAGGUACAGCAACCGUGACCAUGUGCAGAGACAUCAAGAGCAGAAUUUUCGAUGUUUUGACGUGUGUGAAACAGGAUGAGCUCGAUGCACUGGUAAAAACCAUUUUGGGCACGCAGAAGGAGCAAGAAGAGACUGCCAGAAGAGAAAUCGACAAAGCCAAGGAGGAGAGAGGUCAUGGCAACGCGACAGGAAAGCGUGCUGCGGGCAAACCCCCUUUGGGGGAGCCAGCUGCUGUGCGCCCCAAGCACUAA